AUGUCCCAUGUGAAAUUCCGGCAAUCAUGGUCAUGGAUGCCUCAGGUGGCUACUGAAUGCACAGAUGUUCCGUGGAACCAGUUCCCCAACUGCUUCCUGACCUAUCCUUGCCUUGCCUGUUUAUUUAUUCAGCGGUCAGCGGUUUCGCUGUUCCUUGCAAAUGUCAGGAAUUCGCAAGAUAAGAAAAAUACAAUAAUGCAUCAAGACAGUUUCAGAUCAGUGGUUUGCAGAUCCCUUUCAAAGAGCCUUCCCCCCAGAAGCAAAGAUGGCAGCUGUCCUGAAACAGUCCAAUGUGCUGUCCCUUGUAUUGUCACACUGCAACCUUCGGUUUGUCGGAACUGCCAAGGCCAGGAACAGAGCACAUCGCAAAGCUACAGGGAGGAAAGAUCCAUGUCAUUCCAUGGGGACUACCUUAUGGCGCCCUCGGUAUCCAAGCAUUUUGCUGAGGACCUCCUAAGAGGUGCCAUGGAUCUCCAGGAGUCCCUUGUGAUGCUUGAGAGAUUCCAAGCUGCAUCACAGAGCAUGAGGCUACCCAACAAGAAGAGAGGACCAGAAACUGGUGAAAAGUCUCCUGAAAUAGACACCAUAAUACGUGAAGUCCUCCUGAGACCAACAAAUGCCAAGCAGGUACUACCUGUAAGUGCUAAUGAUGGAUUAAACAAACAGUUAAGAAAUUCUACUGAUCAGUUGAAGAAUGUGGUCAAGGAUAGUUUCUACAGGAAGAACCACUUGUCGGUGCCCAAUAAUGAACAGGCUUCUUUGAACCAGUCAGCACGGUACUUGCAGAACAAUUAUCUCAUGUCCAAGCCUACUCAGCAGAAGAAAGUGGUGCCCAGGUCAUUGCCAUCUUGUGCAGCAGUACAACCUGGAAAGUCUAAAGGCCCAAGCUUGGUAGCCAAGCUCAUGGGUCUUGAUGGAUUGCCCUCACCGAAAGGUAACUCCACUGUGAAAGACGAUAAGAUUAAGACAGCGAAUUCACCAAGAGCACUGUUUGAUAUUGAGAGGCCCAAGUCAAAAAGGCUACUGCCACAAUUAUUCAGAGAGGAGUCUGGUCUUGAUACGGAGAUGCCUAGGUCAGAAAAUCUGCCACCAGAGCAAUAUAAUGUUCAAAAGAAUUCUACUAGUUCACAGAAGGGCAUCGGCACUUCAUAUAAUACCAGAUCGAUUAAUGAGAUUGCAUCGAUGAAAUCAAUUCACAGAGAGACAAAUGUUGAACAAGCUCGACCAAAAUCCCCGAAAGAAAUCAAGAUAGUCUCUCCUACAAGCAGAAAGAAACAGGCAAAUGAGACCACUGAGAUCAAUAGGAAGACCAUGGAGAAACAAAAACCUUAUUUAAGUGAAAGAAACAGAGAAGGGAGAAAUGUUGCAAAGGAGAAAGCAGGAUCAGUAUCUCGUAAUGCGGAAGUAAUGAAACGGCGUGAUCGGAAAUCAGCUGUAUCAAGAAGCAGUCGUACUUGUGAUGCAGUGAAACCCAACUUAUUGAAACCACCUAAUAAUUCCAGAGUGAAGAGAGUGUCCAUGAGAAAAUUUAAAAGCUCCACCAUUGAUGAAAUAGUGGCUUAUGAGAUAGAAAGAGAGAUCUUUAAUGCCCUGGACCAAAUUGACGGUCCAUCGACAGAACAUAGCGCAACACCUAGCGACGAAGGAUGCCCAAGUGCUGAUUGGGACGAAGAAUCUUCUGUUGGCGACAUCCUGAAAGAUUCUGGCGAACCCAAUGAAACUUUGCUAUCUGCUAUCCAUGAUUACAGAAUCAGUUCAGCUGAUGGAGAUGCUAUUCACCCAUCAAUAGACAGAACCCCAACAAAGGAAGCUGAAAUAAAAGAUGAGAUCAGUUUGCUUCUCCUAAAUGAUAAAUCAUUUCUUAGCAGAGCAGCUGAACUCAUAGGCAUUGAUGUGUAUGGGGAUCUGAAUGAACAAUGUAGUAGGAUUUCCAAGGUUGAACUGAAAAACCAUAAGCUCUAUUUGGACGCAGCAGGAGAACAACUGGAACUAAAACACUGCCAGCAAAACAGUCUGUGUUACACUGGAUUGCAGGGCCAGAAACGCAGAUCAUCAGCAUACUUCUCACUGGAGGAAUUGCUGAGAGACAUCAGCAAUGGGAUUAGAAAUCUGAAAGGAUAUUGCAGUGAAGACGGCCGUGGCACCAAAGAUAGCCUAGACAUGAAGCUGGAGAGGGAUCUCAGCUGCACAGAUGCAUUGAUCAAUACUGUUUGGGACAUGGGCUGGCGAGGUUUGAUUUGCAUGGAAGAGACAGACUGCUUCGUCAGAGAUGCUGGGGAAGACAUCCUAUCCUUGCUCAUUGAGGAAGCUGCUCUGGACAUGUGUCUGCACGACUGCACUGACAUAUAA